AUGCUUGGACGGUCGCCUACUACCAUCCCCACCUCCACCACCCCUAUAGCUACUUCUCCCCGACAAUCCUCCGCUUCCACCACCCCUAGUACUGCUUCCUCUUUUUCAGCCACGUCUUCGUCAACUACAUCCUCAAGCACUGCCACCUCCUCGAGCACUUCUACUUCGUUUACUUCCUCAACUUCAGUCCCACAAACUGUGUUGUCUACUACCCCUGCAGCAGCAGGUCACUUUGUACGCUACCUCACAUCACCAACUAAUAUCGUCAUUAGUACUGGAACCAUCACAUUCGCAACCCCUUCGACUGCUGACUCUUCAGGCUCUGUUAACACUGCUGCAGUCGUAGGUGGUAUUGAUGGUUGUCUCACUGGUUUGGCUAUGCUAGGUUCCCUCAUCAUGUGCGCCGCAAACGCAAGUCUGAUGAAGACGAAUGGAACGCUUCAGCCUUUAAAUGUCAGUCUGCUAUCCUUGUGGACGAUCCUGAACCAUGCUUUUACCUCCGUCCACCAAACAUCACGACGCACUGGCAUACCCUGCCCUCAACACCCGACACAACUAUCACAACUAUUACAGUGGUUACAAACUGCCUAUGGUGAUACCUUGCAUGCUCAGAUGGCAAUGCUACAUGCCCCUCGCGAGGACCAUAGUCACCUCACCAGGCGACCAUCCAGUACGGCAUACUUGCCUCGUCAACUAUCCGCUGCAGGAUACCUCAUCCCUAACAAUCCUCAGGCUCACUAUGUUAAUCUCGAUCGUUCGAGCGCAACUCCACUCCAGCCGCCCAAUAUACCGAUAUAUGCCGUCAGCUGGCGGAAGAAACCUAUGCUGCGCAUGACACUGCUACCUCGUGCACCAUCACCCGUCACGUUCGAUCCUUUUACUGCCGCUAGCACAACAUCUGUACCUGAGCCGGUCCCAGCGGCCUGCAGGCGAGACAUCGCCAAUGCCCAGCAGCCUGAUACCGCAUACACAAUGUACGAAGAAGGCGAUGCCUAUGGUGGCAUCUAA